GAAAAAUGAACGAUAAUUUACAAGAACAACAAAAAAAUUCAGAAUCCGAUUCUAAUAACAAUAUUUUCAUUUCUAUUUGUGACGAGGAGAAUGAAAGAGAAAACUCUCUUGGAGAGGGAACUAUACAACAAAAACAGAAACAACAACAACCCCAAAUUUUGUCUACUUUAGCGACAUUUGGUAGUGAUACUAAUGGAAACAGGAAAGAACAAAUGACAAAAGAAGAAUUAGAAUGCAUAGGUUGCCAACGAGAAACAGAAGGAACAGCAAAAACGAUGCUGGCCGAAAGUAUUAAGGAAAUAACUCCUCAAUCUGAAGAGCAUGGAGCUGGAAUAGAAUCAGCAUCGACUACUUCUGUAACCACUUCACAAUUGUUGGCCGCUGCAUAUGCACAUUUUAUAGCAAAACAGUGUGAACAAUCGCAGGAUAAUUAUGAUCAACACAUUUUACGACAGCAACAACAAGAAAUGUUGCGUCAGAAUGAGAGUAAUAUUCGCCAGCGGGAGCAUAAAGUAGCGGCUGAACUUCUUUCUAGGCAUUUACAGCAACACGGUUUAUUCCUACAACAACUUAAAUCCCAGUUACAAUUUUCGACGGCCGACACUUUCCCACCUUUGCAAACACAAACUACUUUAGGUCUUAAUUCAUUGAAUUCAACUUCAACAACAAUGCCUGCAAAUCAUUCGAACACUUCCUUAGAUAUCGAGAAAAAUUUUUUGUCCUCGUCUGCUUUGGCUGUUUCUGAACAUCGUUCUAAAGGACUCGCUUCGGACCAGACUGAGAACAAUACUAUUGGAAACACUUCAAAUAAUUCAACUUUGGCAUCAGAAAAUCUACAGCAAUUGUUGCUCGCCACAAGUUUGUUACUUCGUCAACAACAGGCUAACAAUAAGUCAACAAUUACGGAAGUCACUCCUCUGUCAACUGCUGGGUCACAAUCAGUCGGUAUUUCCGCCUUUAAUCAAUUGAACGAAUUACGUCAACAACUUCUUGGGAUAAACUCUUCAGCUGCUAACAAAGCUGCAACCGGACGUCUACUAGAACAACUAUUUGUAAAUCCUUCCAUUGGAAAUAAAUCUGCUGCUACUCAAGUGUUUACACCUCAGCAAUUUCCACAAGUUUCACCACUUGCGAUUGCUGAACUCUUGCGUCAACGGGCUUUAAUUCAACAAUCAAAACAACACCAAGCUGUCUCUCCACCGCCACCACUUGUUAUUCAUCGUCGGGUUGGCCGACCCCCCAAGCAUACUUCAACCCUUUUUCAACCACAGCAUUUGCCAGGUCUUCUUAUCCCAAGUGAAACUAUACAACCUAAACAAGUUCACAAUCAACCGACACAAAAACGACCCGCACUUUGCCCUGGACGACGAGUGCCGACUAGCUCUGAUCCUUGUCAAACUAUUGUCACUUUUCUGCUUACCUAUAACGUUUCACCCGACAUUGACUUCUCAAGAAAGGCAAUUGAGUCAUUAAUCAAAAGGCUUAGAGAUAAGCGAGAAGAACUUGAUUGGUUUAUCCAAACAGUUGUGGAAGAUGGUGCUCGCCCUUCGCAAUGUAUAACAAUUCCGCGCACAUUAGAUGGGCGACUUCAGGUAGCCGGUCGGAAGGGUUUGUUUUCAUUUUAUAUUUUGUUAAUUAGAAUAAAAUUGUUUAUUAGGGUUUCCUCACGUUGUUUAUGCACGUAUCUUCCGUUGGGGGUAUAUUUUUGCAAUUCUUCUAUCAAUCUAAUUUUUACUUUCAGGGAUUUACAUAAAAAUGAAAUAAAACACUCAUCAAUAUGUCAAGCUGCAUUUGAUAUGAAAUGUGAUUCGGUUUGUGUUAAUCCAUAUCAUUAUGAGCGUGUAGUUCCUAUUUCUGUUGGAAAAUGUGGUCUUGGUGUUGAUUCAGAUGAAUCUUCACCUAUUUCUGCUAAUGGUUCGUGUUACGCCAGUGGUGAGGAAAUAUGUCAUUCAAACACGGUUUCAUCAAAAAAUUGCUACGCAUCGCCUAUUGCUCGUGAUAUUGUUCCAUCUUCAACGUUUCCCUCUAGUCCGGCAAAGAAAUCGUCGCCACCUGGUUCAGAUGUAUCUUUAACGUCACAUAAUCAGCUGCUUGCAAACAUGAAUAAGGGAUUGCUUAUUCCAAUGCCGCUUUCUUUUCAACAGCAACAACUUGCGCAAAAACAUUUGGAUAGAAAAAGAUCUGCUUGUUAUGAUACCCAACAAUUUACAAUGGACUGUAUCAAAAGCAAAUCUACUUUAGUUGAUGAUAUUGUGAAAAUCAAAAAACAAAGAUUAAAUGCUGAAGAAAAAACAAAUGGAGCGCAUAAUGUAAUACUCCCAACAGUUACUGGCUUUGCUUCUGAUACUCCUCGUAUAACUGUUUCAUAUCACGAGUGGGGCAGUCUUUUGCUUCCUCGUCGAUCAUUUUAUGGUUCAGCUGUUCAUUGUGGAACUAGAGAUGCUGGGGAUGCCAAAGAAUUUUUCCAAAUUGGUUGUGGGAAGAUAAUGACGAUGGGAGAUAGAAGUGAGACAGAAUUUUCUCCAUUGAAGUCUCAACAAUUGAUUGACGCGCGUAAACAAAUCGGUUUGGGACUUGUACUUGAGUCGAAUGAUGAUGGAGAGUUAUUCUUGACAAGUUAUGCACGUCGACCGCUGCUUGUUCAGAGCUAUUAUCUUGAUCGGGCUAUGCGUUCAGCAAUGGAUGCAGAAAGGAUCAAGCAUACUAUUUUUCCUAAAGCUACAAUUAAAAUCUUCGAUUUAUGGCAGUCAUUUAGACUAAUGUGUCAAUUACGUGUUCAAAAAAGACGUAAUUCUUCCGUUGAUGGUAUGCCAGGGAUCAGUCAGGAUUCGUUUACAUUUCUUAAUCGCCUUUGCGAUGUUCGUAUUUCGUUUGGUGUUCAACAUUCACAUAACCUUGUGGACGAAGGCGAUGGUUGUGAUCUGUUGGAAUCAUCUCCUUGCUCAAUGGAAAUUCAUAUGGGCCGAGCUAAACGCAUUUUGGAGAAACUCAUUGAGCGUCCUGAAUUGGCAAAUCGAUUUACAAUUGCGAACAAUUCUGGAGUCAGACCGGUCAAAAAGUUUGUAGACGGAAUUGGAACCAGUGUUUAA